AUGAACGCGACCAACCAUCCAGGAGGGCUCACCGGCGGCAAGCCUCCACCCAUCAAGAGGCUCCGAGCUUCCUCUACAAGCCAGACGGACCCAACGCUGCAGGCGUCGCUGGCCCUCCCUCUCACCUCUCCACCACCGGACUCUGCAGAGUCCCUGGUGACCGUGGGCAACGUGCUAUGGGUGCUGCUGUUCGGAUGGGUGUUCUACCUCCUGUACGCCCUGGUGGCCAUCAUCUGCCACGCGACGAUCGUUGGGCGCCCGUACGGGCGUCUGUGCUGGAAGCUCAAGAACUACUUCCUGUGGCCCUUUGGCAAGUACAUCACUGGACGGCGACGAAGAGGGCGUGUCUCGAGCUUGAUACGCUACCCGCCGAUCACCGAAGAUGACGACACACUCCAAGAAGAUGGCAAGCUCCGCGAUGCCGAGAAUGAGGAGCUGGUGACAAAAGCCGGCUCAGAGUCGCACAACGCAAAGCCCUCGGGCUGCCGGCUGCUCUGCUCCCGCCUGGCCUACUGCCUCUGGCUGAUCACCGGCGGGCUGGUGCUCGGCCUGGCCCACGGCGUGGCGUUCGUGGUCUGCUGGUUCUCUGUCGUGGGCAUCCCCAUGGCCAAAGUCAACCAAACGGCGAUGUGGCUGCUGGUGUACCGCCCGCUCGAGAUCGAGAUCUACGGCGGCCGCAGCUAUCCGCUCGAGGAGAUUCUGCUGUGCGCCUACCAGGCCACCAACUACAACUACUACCGCUUCCAGGUGCAAGGGCUCAACGUCGUUCUCGUCAACCUGCUCCCGUUCGUGGCGCUGACACUAGUGCUGGGCUACGCGGUUCCGGAAUCGCUUCGGCCGCCGCCUAUCAUCAUCUUCAUCAGCGCCCUGCUCUCCAUUUCGCCCAUUGCCUACUACAUCGGGAUGGCCGUGGCCAGCAUUGCGGCGCAGACCAACUUCGCGAUCGGAGCCAUGCUGACGGCCAUUUUCGGCGUCUCGAUCGAGAUCAUCCUCUACUCUAUUGCGCUCUACAAAGGUGGCCUGGUACCUCUGGUGCAAGCCGGCGUUGUCGGGUCUCUGCUGGGCGACCUGCUCUUGCUGCCGGGCCUCUCUAUGAUCGCGGGCGGGCUCAAGUACCACGAGCAGCGGUUCAGCUCUCGAGCGGCCGGCGUGUCCUCCGUUCUGCUCAUCGUGUCGAUCAUCGGCGUGUUCGGCCCCACCAUGUAUUGGCAGGUGAACGGAGACACCACGUUCUCGUGCGACGUGUGCGUCCCCAAGGACAACAGUACUAUACCGCUCGCGUGCACCCAAUGUCACACGAGUCCCGUCGACUUCUACAAGGACCCCCUCUUCCAAAACACCGCCCAGCCUCUGAUUUACGCGGUGGCUGCCAUUCUGCCGGUGAGCUACCUUGUCGGGCUGCUCUUCACGCUCAAGACACAUGCGCACAUCUUCAGCAACGCGGCGGCGGGCGAGGGCGAGGGCGGCGACGACGGCCACGACGCGCCGCGCUGGUCCAAGCUGAAGGCCGUCAUCAUCCUCGCGGUCUCGAUCGUGCUCUUCUCCCUCGUGGCUGAGGAGCUGGUCAAGGCCAUCGAGCCCACCCUGGAGGCCCUCAACAUCGGACAGACCUUCGCCGGCGUCACCGUCCUCGCGCUCGUGCCCUCAUCAGCCGAGACUUCCCACGGCUUCGAUUCUCUCAUCCACUUCUAA